AAAAAAACUCUUUCUGAUAAUUCACAAUUUUCAUAAUUUGGCGCAGUAAAGUUUUAUAACUUCACAACAUUUAUUAUUUUUUUUCGCUUAAAACCUCAAACAAGUGCGGAUACGUCUUUUGACGACAUCAUUCCAUAUCUUACAGUAUAUACAUAUGGUAAAGGUUUCAACCUUUAAAAGAAAUAUACGACCCUUUUCGAAGAGUGAAGUUUUAUUUUUUUUUUUAUAUACAUAUUUUUUCAAUAAAUACACAAACUUUAUUACAAAGAGUUUAUUACUUUACGAUAUCUUAUAUUUUCAAUAUUUCAAAAAAUUUUAUUAUUUUAUAUUUUACAUCAUUAUUAUUAUUAGAUAAUAUUAUUUUUACAUUCUUUUAUUAUGUCUUUAUCAAAACCUUUUCAUUUUCCGGUGGGAAAAAAUUCUUUCUUGGUCUCUAUGAAAAAAUUUCACGUGACACACUCCAAAAGAACUGGUUAUAACAAGAUUUAUGAUAGCCACCGCUCAAAAAGUUUCUUUUUUGAGCUUGCUGA